CCUGAAUUAACAACAAACGUAAAGGCCUUAAGGUGGCAGUGCAUCGAAUGCAAGACAUGCAGUGCAUGUAGAAUCCAAGGCAAAAAUGCAGAUAAUAUGCUUUUCUGUGACUCCUGCGAUAGAGGAUUCCAUAUGGAGUGCUGUGAUCCCCCACUUUCCAGAAUGCCAAAAGGGAUGUGGAUUUGCCAAGUCUGCAGACCAAAGAAAAAGGGAAGAAAACUACUUCAUGAGAAAGCUGCACAAAUAAAACGACGAUAUGCAAAACCCAUUGGACGACCGAAAAAUAAAUUAAAGCAACGAUUGUUGUCUGUAACCAGUGAUGAAGGAUCCAUGAAUGCAUUCACAGGAAGGGGGUCACCUGGUAGGGGUCAAAAGACUAAAGUCUGUACCACACCUUCAUCUGGUCAUGCUGCAUCUGGGAAGGACUCAAGCAGCAGAUUGGCUGUUACAGACCCCACUCGGCCUGGUGCCACCACCAAAAUCACCACCACCUCCACCUACAUUUCUGCCUCUACACUUAAAGUUAACAAGAAAACCAAAGGGCUCAUUGAUGGCCUUACUAAGUUUUUUACACCAUCACCUGAUGGUCGCAGAUCACGAGGUGAAAUAAUAGACUUUUCAAAGCACUAUCGUCCAAGGAAAAAGGUCUCUCAGAAACAGUCAUGCACUUCUCAUGUGUUGGCUCCAGGUACCACACAAAAGCUAAAACCUCCACCUUCUUCACUCCCACCCGCAACCCCCAUCUCUGGUCAGAGCCCCAGUUCACAAAAGUCCAGCACUUCUGUUUCUUCUACCUCUCCCCAGAGUUCUUCCAGCCAGUCCAGUGUGCCCUCCUUUAGCAGUCUCACUAAUAACAGCCAGCUGAAGGCACUCUUUGAUGGGCUCUCUCAUAUCUAUACCACUCAGGGACAGUCUCGCCAAAAGGGACACCCAAGUUAUGCACCACCUAAACGUAUGCGUCGUAAAAUCGAAUUCCCUUCCACGGCAAAAUCAAAAGCCCAUUUCUUUGGAAAAAGAGAUAUUAGAAGUAGAUUUAUUUCUCACCCCUCCUCCUCUAGCUGGGGGAUGGCUAGAGGACGUAUUUUUAAAGCAAUUGCUCACUUCAAGCGAACAACUUUCCUUAAAAAGCACAGGAUGCUAGGCAGGUUAAAAUAUAAAGUGACCCCUCAGAUGGGGACCCCCUCACCAGGGAAGGGGAGCUUGACAGACGGAAGGAUUAAACCUGAUCAGGAUGAUGAUACAGAAAUCAAAAUAAGCAUCAAACAAGAAAGUACAGAUAUAAAUGUGAUUGGAAACAAGGAUACCGUUACUGAAGAGGAUUUGGAUGUUUUUAAGCAGGCCCAGGAACUGUCUUGGGAGAAAAUAGAAUGUGAAAGUGGAGUAGAAGACUGUGGCCGGUACCCUUCUGUAAUAGAAUUUGGGAAAUAUGAAAUCCAAACCUGGUACUCCUCGCCUUACCCACAGGAAUAUGCAAGAUUACCAAAGCUUUACCUGUGUGAAUUCUGUCUUAAAUAUAUGAAAAGUAAAAAUAUUUUGUUAAGACACUCAAGGAAAUGUGGAUGGUUUCAUCCUCCAGCAAAUGAAAUUUACCGAAGGAAAGACCUUUCAGUAUUUGAGGUUGAUGGGAAUAUGAGCAAAAUUUAUUGCCAAAACCUUUGCUUGUUAGCCAAGCUCUUCCUGGACCACAAAACGUUGUAUUAUGAUGUCGAGCCAUUCCUUUUUUAUGUCCUUACAAAAAAUGAUGAAAAGGGCUGUCAUCUGGUUGGAUACUUCUCUAAGGAAAAGCUUUGCCAGCAGAAGUAUAACGUCUCCUGCAUAAUGAUCAUGCCCCAGCACCAGAGGCAAGGAUUUGGACGGUUUCUCAUUGAUUUCAGCUAUUUGCUUUCUAGAAGAGAAGGCCAAGCAGGAUCUCCUGAAAAGCCACUCUCUGAUCUGGGCCGUCUCUCCUACCUGGCCUACUGGAAGAGUGUCAUCUUAGAAUAUCUCUACCACCACCAUGAGCGGCACAUCAGCAUCAAGGCCAUCAGCAGAGCUACGGGCAUGUGCCCACAUGACAUCGCCACCACGCUGCAGCACCUCCACAUGAUUGACAAGAGGGACGGCAGGUUUGUCAUCAUUAGACGGGAAAAGUUGAUAUUGGGCCACAUGGAAAAGUUGAAAACCUGUUCCCGGACUAAUGAGCUUGAUCCAGAGAGUCUGAGGUGGACCCCAAUUUUAAUUUCUAAUGCUGCAGUUUCUGAAGAAGAACGAGAAGCUGAAAAAGAGGCUGAGCGGCUAAUGGAACAAGCUAGCUGCUGGGAAAAGGAGGAGCAAGAAAUCCUGUCAUCUAGAGCUAACAGUAGGCAAUCACCUGCAAAAGUACAAUCGAAAAACAAAUAUUUGCAUUCCCCGGAGAGCCGGCCCGUGGCAGGGGAGCGAGGGCAGCUAAUGGAGCUGUCUAAAGAGAGCAGUGAAGAGGAAGAGGAAGAGGAAGAGGAGGAGGAGGAGGAGGAAGAGGAGGAGGAGGAGGAAGAGGAGGAAGAAGAAGAAAAUAUUCAAAGCUCUCCUCCAAGGUUGACUAAACCACAGUCAGUUGCCAUAAAGAGAAAGAGGCCUUUUGUGCUAAAGAAGAAAAGGGGUCGUAAACGCAGAAGGAUCAACAGCAGUGUAACAACUGAGACCAUUUCAGAGACGACAGAAGUACUGAACGAGCCCUUUGACAACUCAGACGAAGAGAGGCCAAUGCCACAGCUGGAGCCUACCUGUGAGAUUGAAGUAGAGGAGGAUGGCGGGAAGCCAGUGCUGAGAAAAGCAUUCCAACAUCAGCCUGGGAAGAAAAGACAGACAGAGGAAGAGGAAGGAAAAGACAAUCAUUGCUUUAAGAAUGCUGACCCUUGUAGAAACAAUAUGGAUGAUGAUGCAAAUAACUUGAAAGAAGCCAGUAGAGACAAUCCUGAACCUCUAAAGUGCAAACAAUGGCCAAAAGGAACAAAGCGUGGUCUAUCUAAGUGGAGACCAAACAAAGAGAGGAAGACUGGAUUUAAACUGAACUUGUACACCCCACCAGAAACACCCUUGGAGCCCGAUGACCAGGUAAUAGUGGAAGAACAGAAGGAGACUCCAGCAGACAAAACCAGCCCCGCUCCCACCAGGACUGAGGAGGAGGUCAAGGAAGCCGUGGAACCCCUGCUGCCUGGGGACGAAAACAGAAGGGAGGAAACGUGUGCACCUGUAAGUCCAAAUAAAUCGCCAGGUGAAAAACCUGAAGACGAUCUAAUCAAACCCGAGGAGGACGAGGAAGAGGAGGAGGAGGAGGAGGAGGAAGAGGAAGAAGAAGGAAAUGUAGCAAAAGACCCCUGUGGUGCCCAAAGCCAGGAAAAAGAGGAGCCAGAAGUCUGCACGGACAAAGAAGACCCCGUGCGUUUGGAUGACCAUGAAGAGGAGGAGGAAGAGGAUGAAGAGCCAUCUCACAACGAGGGGCAUGAUGCAGACGAUGAAGAUGACAGUCACAUGGAGUCUGCCGAAUCGGAGAAGGAAGAACGCCCAAGAGAAGGCUUCAAAGAAGUUCUGGAAACCCAGGAGGCUUUUUUAGACCUUAGUGUGCAGCCUAGUCAUUCAAACGCAGAGGUCCUAAUGGACUGCGGCGUUGACCUUACAGCUUCGUGUAACAGUGAACCUAAGGAGCUUGCUGGAGCCACUGAAACCGCCCCUGAAUCUGAUGAGGAACCCGCAGGAGAACAGGCACAGGAGCAGGACCAAAAGAACAGUGAAGAAGUAGAUUCUGAGUUCAAAGAGGGAAACACAGCAACCUUGGAAAUCGACUCUGAGACCGUCCAAGCGGUUCAGUCCUUGACCCAGGAGAACAGUGAACAGGACGAUACCUUUCAGGAUUGUGCCGAGACUCAAGAGGCCUGUAGAAGCCUACAGAACUACACUCACGCAGACCAAAGCCCACAGAUCGCCGCCAGUCUAGACGACUGCCAACAGUCAGACCACAGCAGCCCAGUUUCAUCCGUCCAUUCCCACCCCAGCCAGUCAGUACGUUCUGUCAACAGCCCAAAUGUCCCUGCCCUGGAAAACAGCUAUGCCCAAAUCAGCCCAGAUCAAAAUGCCAUCUCAGUGCCAUCUUUGCAGAACAUGGAAACCAGUCCAAUGAUGGAUGUCCCAUCCGUUUCAGAUCACUCACAGCAAGUCGUAGACAGCGGAUUUAGUGACCUGGGCAGUAUCGAGAGUACAACUGAGAACUACGAGAACCCAAGCAGCUAUGAUUCUACUAUGGGUGGCAGCAUUUGUGGAAACGGCUCUUCACAGAACAGCUGCUCCUAUAGCAACCUCACCUCCAGCAAUCUGACACAGAGCAGCUGUGCUGUCACCCAGCAGAUGUCCAACAUCAGUGGGAGCUGCAGCAUGCUGCAGCAGACCAGCAUCAGCUCUCCCCCGACCUGCAGUGUCAAGUCUCCUCAAGGCUGUGUGGUGGAGAGGCCCCCGAGCAGCAGCCAGCAGCUGGCUCAGUGUAGCAUGGCUGCUAACUUCACGCCGCCCAUGCAGCUGGCUGAGAUCCCCGAGACCGGCAAUACCAACCUUGGCUUAUAUGAACGAAUGGGUCAGAGUGAUUUUGGGGCUGGGCAUUAUCCACAGCCGUCAGCCACCUUCAGCCUUGCCAAACUACAGCAGUUAACUAAUACACUUAUUGAUCAUUCAUUGCCUUACAGCCAUUCCGCUGCUGUAACUUCCUAUGCAAACAGUGCCUCUUUGUCCACACCAUUAAGUAACACAGGGCUUGUUCAGCUUUCUCAGUCUCCACACUCCGUCCCUGGGGGACCCCAAGCACAAGCUACCAUGACCCCACCCCCCAACCUGACUCCUCCUCCGAUGAAUCUGCCACCACCUCUUUUGCAACGGAACAUGGCUGCAUCAAACAUUGGCAUCUCCCACAGCCAAAGACUGCAAACCCAGAUUGCCAGCAAGGGCCACGUCUCCAUGAGAACCAAAUCGGCAUCUCUGUCACCAGCCGCUGCCACCCAUCAGUCGCAAAUCUAUGGGCGCUCCCAGACUGUAGCCAUGCAGGGUCCUGCACGGACUUUAACGAUGCAAAGAGGCAUGAACAUGAGUGUGAACUUGAUGCCAUCCCCAGCCUACAAUGUCAACUCUGUGAACAUGAACAUGAACACUCUCAAUGCCAUGAAUGGGUACAGCAUGUCCCAGCCGAUGAUGAACAGUGGCUACCACAGCAAUCAUGGCUACAUGAAUCAAACGCCCCAAUACCCUAUGCAGAUGCAGAUGGGCAUGAUGGGAACCCAGCCAUAUGCCCAGCAGCCAAUGCAGACCCCACCCCACAGUAACAUGAUGUACACGGCCCCCGGGCAUCACGGCUACAUGAACCCGGGCAUGUCCAAACAGUCUCUCAAUGGGUCCUACAUGAGAAGGUAGGCAAAAUGGGCAGUCACAAAACCCCUGGGCAUCACUCUCGGAUUGAUCUGCACAAAUACCUUCGAAGAGUACGAUUUCAAAACCAGCAAUUGGUGUGAAUGCAAAAACAUUUGUUGGCACCAUUUAUUUAAAAAAAAAAAAAAGCUGUAUGCAGCAGAAAGCCUUAUACAAGUUGUUUUUCUUUCUUCUUUUUUCUUUUUUCUUUUUCCUUUUUCUUUUUUGGUACCUUUGUUUCUGUUCCUUUUAUAUGAAAUUCUCUGCAAAGGAAGGCCUCUCUUUGGACUACAGUUUGGAGCCAGCCACUUGCUGUGCCUGCUUCCAUUAAACAAUGUGGAUAUCAAGCCCCAUGCCCCAGCCCACCCCCAAUUAUCUGUUUUAAUACUGAACCUAGAGUUUUUUUUUCUUCCCCGUCUACUCCAUGUAAAUGCCUUUAGCAUUUCAGUUAUUGUAUAUUUUGUUUGAGGUGACACUUCAGCAUGCCGCUAAUGUCUUUGUUAGUGACAGUGCAUUUUGUAGUACUGUACAAGUGUUGUGCUAACGGUAAGCCAUUUCUUAAGUUUUUUGCCUUGAUUAGGGUGCCCUAAUUUGAGGGUUUAAAAAAAAAACUAUAUUUUUGUUAAUUAUAAAACUGUAAAGAGCUAUAAAAGCUAUUCCCAUUUGGUUAGUCAAAAGGGUUUUAUUGCUAAAUGUUUGGUGUAAAGUUGAGACCCUUUUCCAUUUUGGUGACAGAUUUCUUUGGGGAAAAAAAGGCAGCUUUCUGUUUUAUAAAUGCAGACUUCUGUUUAUUGAAUGAAGCAUAUCUCAGUGUUUAUCUGUCAGGUUUUGAAACAUUUCAUAUAUGUCCAAAUACUUGGCAGGAUUUAAAAAAAAAUAGUGAAUUUGGUGUAAAGUUGCUAUUUUAUGGAAAUGCCUCUAACUUUACAUUUUCAUUCCAUCUGUAGAUUUUUCUAUCUUUAUAAAAUAUUGGAGUUAUUUUUUAAGGAAAAAUAGAGAAGUAGCUUGUGAAUAGCUCAAACUAAGCUUACAAAUCGCAUGUAAAAAAGCAAAAAAGUUAUUUGUGUCUGUUUAUAUUGCUUCCUUUUUUGUAGCCUUUGUACCUGUACAGGGUGACUGUAAGGGCCAAGCAGGAGAGGCGUAAUCCUUGUAUAAAAUAGGAGCCAGCGACACUCUUGUAUUUAUCUGUUCUCUUUUUAGUCAGUCACUUCAAGAAAAAAAAACAAAAAAAAACAAAAAAAGCUGUACAUUUUAACAUAAAAUAAAUUAUGAUGAGCCAUUUUUA